AACUGUGACGCCGCAGCGCAGUAAUUCCAUGGAUUUUCUUAAUUUUGAGGAAAAACGUCAGCUAAUUGCCUCCUCGUUGUCUCUUUCUGAUAUUUUGCACAGCCAAAAUCAAGGCAAUGCCAAGGAAUCGAAUGCAAUCAAUGCGAAUGGUGCCAAGAAACAAAAUGGCGCCGCCAUACGCACAAACAGCCUGGGCUCUGGCACCCGCACCCCGCCCCUGGAGCGCAAAAGCAAACUGAGCGCUCUGGGCAGAUUCUUCAAGCCCUGGAAAUGGCGUCGAAAAAAGAAGAGCGAAAAAUUCGAAGCCGCCUCCAAAUCACUGGAGCGCAAGAUUUCUGUACGUGCCAAUCGCGAUGAGUUAGUGCAAAAGGGCAUCCUGCUGCCGGAGAGUCCGCUGGGCAAUAUACCAGAGCCGGGCGAGGAGUCAUACUAUAAUAGUGGAGCCAGCGCGAAUGGCUCUCUACUCUCAGCCGUCCACAAUAAUUCCAUAAAUCAAGCCAACAAUUCCAUUAAUGCCACGACCUAUGGCAGCGCCGGCAAUUCGCUGCUCUCACAACAACACCAACAACAGCAGCAGCAGCAGCAGCAGCAGCAACAACAGUCGGGUGGCGGGGGGGUGCCCAACUCGAUAUCCGUGCAACAGUUCAAUGCAAAUUCCAUGCUCAAUGGCGCCAGCCUCAAUCAACAGAAUUCCAUGGCCAAUGGCGGCGGCAACGAUGGCGCCUCGGACACAUCCUCGCUGAGCGGCGGCGUGCCCCAUUCACAAUCGGCACCACAGCAGCUGGGCGUCGGGCAGCAGACGGCGCCACCGGACACCGCUCGCCCAGCAUCAUCAGGCGCUGGCAGCGCAGCUGCAGCAGCGAUUCGCCAUCAGCAAUAAUAACG